GGAGUGAUAGUGCAGUCAGACGUACUGGUGGAAUGCAUGGGAGAGGAGAAAACCGUGCGGUUCAUCACUGAGAGAGGGAGACAGGGACACAGGGGUGGUGCCCGAGAGAGAGGAAGAGACAUGGCUUCCAAAGAGACCACAUCCUCCUGUUUUGUCAGCGUUUCCAGGGACCUCACAGAAAGCCUCAGGAAGCUCAUCGACAAAUCCUCAAUCAAGUUCAUUCGUGGCAUCAAGCUUGAUACAAAAAAUGGCAAAUCAGAAGACAGGAUAUUGGUUCUCACAACAUGGAGGCUCUAUCUAAUGGCCGUGAAGAUACCUUCAAAGGUGGAGAUGACUUUCAACUUCCUGGAGAUACGAGCCAUAAACACACACCCGGAGCUGCAGGUCAUCAUAGAAACAGACAAGUCCACCUACUCUCUCCGGCUCCAGUCAAGAGACCACCUUGAUCAUGUGAUUAAUCAUGUCAACUACGCCUUGUCACGAAUAUUCAACAACUCUAUUUUUGCACCAUCCAUCUGUCAAUCAGACAGUGACCUAUCAGAUGGAAGCAGGAAGUACUCUCCUAGUUCAGACACGUCAGUGGAGACACAGAGAGCGUGUGGAGGCUUCUCGGAGACAUAUGCUGCCCUGUGUGAUUACAAUGGCAUCAGCUGUAAAGAGGAAGUGCAGUGGGAUGUGGAUACCAUUUACCACUCUCAAGACAACAGGGAGUUCAACCUGCUGGACUUCAGUCAUCUAGAAAGCAGGGACUUGGCAGUGAUUGUGGCCUCUAUGGCGUACAACACAUGGUUCACUAAGCUCUACUGCAAGGACCUGCGGAUUGGUUCAGAGGUCACGGAGCAAGUUCUGCACACGUUCAGUAAAUCUUCCAGCCUGGAAGACAUUACACUGGAGAACGUUGGGCUGAAAUCCGAUUUCCCCCAGAAGUUGUCCGUCGCCCUUUCAGAGAAUCCGGCCUCUGUAAUCCACUCCCUCAAUUUGGCUCAUAACACCCUUGACAAUCAAGGCGUCUGCAAUCUCAUUCAGCAGGUGUGUCGCCUGAGCAAAGGGCUGCGUCUCCUCAACCUGUCCAAGACGUCCCUCUCCUCCAAAGGUGUGAUCUCCCUCUCUCAGGCCCUGUGUUCCAGCGACGACUACUCCAACUCCCUCCUGCACCUGGAUCUCAGCAAGAACCCCGGGGUCUUGUCAGGAGAGGACGCCUCGAACCUGUACCUGUUUCUCUCCCAGCCUAACUGCCUGGUCCAUCUGGACCUGUCGAGCACAGACUGUUCAGUGGACUCGCUUUUCGGUGCGUUGCUCAGGGGCUGCUGUGCUGACCUCUCCUACUUGAAUCUCUCCAAAAACUCCUUCUCUCACAGGAAAGUAAAGGACUCUCUCCCGUAUUUCCGCCAGUUCUUCAGCUCAGCCUUCUCACUCACUCACAUCAGUCUAUCCUCCAUGAAGCUGCCUCCUGACGUUCUGAGGGCGCUGCUCAUGGGUCUGACAUCAAACCCUCACAUUAAUGACAUGCAUCUGGAUAUCAGUGGCUGUGAGCUCAGGUCGACUGGAGCUGCGGUGCUCCAGGAGCUCCUCCCCAGGGUUUCCUCCAUCGCUACGUUGGACAUCUCAGACAACGGUCUGGAUGGAGACUUGCUCACUCUUCUGCCCAGUCUAUCCAGACACCCCUCCCUGAAACACCUACAUCUGGGGAAAAAUUUCAACAUUAAGCACAGAGUGCUGGAUGACACGCUACAGAAGCUGGUGCAGAUGAUUCAGGAAGAGGAGUGUGCCCUGCAGUCGCUGUCCCUGGCGGACUCCAGGCUGCGCUCGCGAGGCACGGUGCUGGUCAACGCUCUGGGCAGCAACACCUGCCUCCGCAAGGUGGACCUGAGCGGUAACAACAUGGAGGACAUCGGGGCCAAGAUGCUGAGCAAAGCCCUGCAGAUUAACACCACUCUCAGGAGUGUAACGUGGGACCGGAACAACACCACCGCCACAGGAUUCAUGGACGUGGCCCGUGCACUGGAGCAUAACUUCACCUUGCAGUAUAUGCCCCUCCCUCUCAGCGACAUCACACAGGCCUACCGAAGUGCACCUGAGAAGAUGGAGCAGGCACUCACCAAGAUCCAGAGGGCCCUCCUGAGGAACAACCAAACUCAGCGCUUCUCCCAGAGACAGGCUCUGCGUCUGCACCAGGGCAUCGUCACCAGCACAGCUGAACAGGUGAUGGAGCGUCUGUGUGCACGUGUCCAGCAGCAAGUGUGUGCGCUGAAAGGCAUCGCAGAGGCGGAGGAGCUGCAGGCUGCCAAACAGGUGCUGAAGGAGGCCAGGAACUCACGGGCGCUGUACCCGUCCCUGUGUGAGCUGGCCCAUGUGCUGUCCGUGGAUGGACCGGUCAGACAGAGGCUGGACUCACUGGCUGGAGAGCUGGCCAAAGCUGCCGACAAGGAGCUCCAGGUGAUCGUGGACUCCAUGGUGUCUCUCUGUCGGGAGCUGUGUCCCCUCUCCUCGGCCGCGGCGGAGCGCCUGAGUCCCCCGCUCUCCUCCGUCUCCGAGCGCGUCUCCAUCCCUCGCUCGGCCAUCCGCACCGCGCUGAUGGAGCGGGCGGCGCAAGACAUCCACAGAGCGCUCGAGGAGGUGAAACUGUCGGUGGUGUCCUAUCUAACCAACUCCAUUGUGGAUCAGAUACUGCAGGAGCUCUACUCCACACAUAAAGCCCUGGCUCGGCAGGUGUCCCAGCUGAAGCGCUGGGAGGGCAUGUGUGAUGGAGGGACGGGCCGGAGAUCACACCGCCACAGAGACUCACUGGAGAUCACUGAUGAAGAGCUCGGCACAAGUAUAGACACCAUUGCCAUUAAGAAGCGGAGCUCCAGAACGCGGCGCAUUCGACCCGUGUCCACCAGGCUGAGUCUGAAUGACGACUCCAGUUCUUCCCCUCCCCCCUCCGCCCCUCCUCUCUCCUCGCCCCUCUCCCGCUCGGCCUCCUGGGAAGGCCUGUCCGAGCUGCCCACACUGGGCACACCCCUGCAGCACGUGACACGGGUCAGGCCCAAACCCCCACGCAAGCACCGCGGUGGACACACACUCUCUGACACACAACUGCCAGAGCCCUGCUCCAAUUUCCAAAAUGAUUUGGAAUGGGUCCAAGCUAAUCUUUACAAACACUGCAAUGAAAACGGGGCAGUCACGCCGCUGGAUGAUGGGCUGCCUGAUUUUUACACCAAGAGAGUUCUGCCUGACAGUCAGCUCUCCUCCCUCCACAAAGCCCACUCUCUGCGGAGAAAGAAGAGGCGCAACAUGCUCUCCAUCUUCGGUUUCCGUAGGAACCGCAACUCGACUCUCUCUAACAAAGAGCCGGACUCAGGUGGUGGGUCCUGCAGUGAAGAGUGCCGAACAGUUGCCACGGCACCCACAGGAACCGCCCAGGAAAACGUUUACACUCUCCUCCAGCCCCCUAGAUUGCCAGGCCGGGCCGGCUCCCCGGGGGAAGGGUCCGAUGGAACUGUGGAAGAGGAGAGAGUGGAGGAGUACACCGGUGUCAUGGAAGUGAGGUCUAUACAGGGCCUGCCACUUCCCAGCAUAGGAGAGAACAAGCAACUUUAUUCUACCAGACAGGUACAGUUUAUAUGCGAGCGUACUAUUAUUGUACUUGCAAAGGUGCACCUGUCAUCCGAGGUGUCAAUCAGUCUUUGCCUAUUUUCUGCCGUUGCCGGUUCAUCUGCAGUUUACUGAGUGAGAUGUGGCUAAAUGGCAUUGCCAGAGUAAAUUGGAUCAUGUCAUGUUUGGAGGAAAAUUAUUUACUUUAUGGAGUUUUUAAUUUUUUUGUCAGGUGCUUCUUUGUCAGGUGCCUAAUAGACUACCUGUUAUGUCUCAGUUACACAGACCGUCAAUGUCCUCCUAGUGUGUCAGCUGUGAGACUGAUUAGACGCGGCAGAGCAGCUCACACAGGGUUUUUAGGCUAUACCACCUCUCCUUCCUCUCACCACAGAGACCGGAGCCUGAGCCUGAGCCUGACUACGAGAGACCGGCAGCGUCAGAGAGACCAGCAGCAUCAGAGAGACCGGCAGCAUCAGAGAGACCGGCAGAUAGAGUGGACCGACAGACCCUGUCCACGUCAGACAGACACUUGCUCAGACACGUAGACAGACAGCCUACAGAGAGAGACGCAGACAGGCCGACGCUAAGGACGACGGACAGAGAGGUGGAGAGACUGACGCUGAGACAGCUGGACAGACAGCCUACAGAGAGAGACGCAGAC